GUUUGGCGCAUGCGCUUUAUGUAGUAGAUGCGAGGUGGGAAAUUCAUUCUAUCGCGUUCCUUUUUAUCCGUAUUUUAGACAUGAAUUUCUGAAUAGUUUGUGACUUAUCAGCGUAUUUAACUACACGAACAUACUCCUCAGUUAUUUUCGCAUCGCAACCACAGAACGAUUGUCCCAUCCCUGUGUGUGGAGGCUGACAGCCCCUAGGUGGGCACAGAAUUCAAACCAACACUGACUGUGAUUUUUCCCGGGGAUUAGCAGCUUAGCUACCCGGUCGUGCAGAAUGAAGAUUGCAGUGGAAGGCUGCUGCCAUGGGGAGCUUGACAAGAUUUACGAGACCAUUGCCUACCUGGAGAAGAAGGAAGGGGUGAAAGUGGAGCUGCUGCUCUGCUGUGGAGACUUCCAGGCUGUGAGAAAUGAAGGCGACAUGAAGUGCAUGGCCGUACCCGCCAAGUACAGAACGAUGCAGACCUUUUACAAAUACUAUUCUGGAGAGAAGAAGGCUCCAAUCCUGACCGUCUUCAUCGGAGGGAACCAUGAGGCGUCCAAUCACCUGCAGGAGCUGCCUUACGGAGGCUGGGUGGCACCUAACAUUUAUUAUCUGGGUUAUGCUGGAGUUAUUCGGUACAAAGGGGUUAGAAUUGGUGGCGUAUCUGGAAUAUUCAAAUCACAUGACUACAGAAGAGGUCACCACGAAUUCCCUCCAUACAACCCUGAUACACUUCGGAGCGUUUACCACAUCCGAAAUAUUGAGGUCUUCAAAUUGAAGCAGAUCCAGAUGCCCAUUGACAUCUUCAUGAGCCAUGACUGGCCUCGUGGGAUCUACCGCCAUGGAAGUACGGGGGAGUUGUUGCGGAAGAAGAAGUUCCUGCGUCAGGAAGUGGAGUCCAACACUCUGGGGAGUCCUGCUGCGGAGGAGCUGCUGUCUCACCUGCAGCCCAACUACUGGUUCUCUGCUCACCUCCAUGUGAAGUUUGCUGCCGUUAUGCAACAUCCGCCUAAAGCUAACUCUGCUCCACGUGUGACCAAGUUCCUGUCCCUGGACAAGUGUCUGCCCCACAGGGAGUUCUUACAGAUUGUGGACGUUCAGGAGAGAGCGGGUUCUUCUGAAGGUCUUGAGUAUGAUCCAGAGUGGCUUGCUAUCCUGAAGGCCACCAACAGUCUGCAGAGGACGACCCCUCACCCCUGGAACCCCCCCGAGAACAACGGCCUGCACGAAAGGUGGGACUUCAGGCCGUCCGAAGCAGCGAUGAUGAAGGUGAUGGAGGCACUCAGCGGGGAGCUCACCAUCCCUGAAAAUUUCAGCCAGACGGUGCCGCUCUACGACCCCAACAAGCCCCAGUACCACCUCUCCCCCAGCUGCAGCACCAACCCUCAGACCACCGAGCUCUGCGCCACGUUGGGCCUCACGGACCUCUACGCCCACCUCUGCCAGGGAGGCGACGAGGGGGGGAGGAUGCAGGCGGGGGAGGAAGACGAUGACGACGGGCAGAGAGCGGGAAGCGGGGACGAGCCCAGCGGGUAUCCGUCCGACACCUCGGGAAUGUCCAGCUCAAUAAACCCCGACGAGAUCACGAUAGAGGAUGAGUGGGAGGAGGAGGAGGAGGAGGAGGUGGUUGUAAAAGGAAAUAAGCCUCCUGUAGAGGGAGUUAGCACCCCCAGCCGCAUGGUUCUCCCCCUUCCCAAAUCAUCACCCUCUCUUUCCAACAUAAUGAGUCUACCCCCCCCCUCACACUCAACACCAGCAGCAUCCUCUCACUCUCAGUCUGCAGCAGAGAGGGAGGAACACUGGGAGGAAGACGAUGGUGAUGGUGAUGAUGAAGAUGUCUCGGCUAUGCAAUGCCUCAAACGUAGCAGCGAUGAGAUCGAGACGCCCUGCAGUAAAAGCACGACUCCGAAAAUCAAACGCCGAAACCAGGUCAUCUACACGGCAGUGGACGAUGAGGAGGGGGAGGUUUAGAGGUUAAAGUGUGAGGAGUCAUUUCUACAACUCGUCAGGGUCUCCAUUGUGAUUGAUUUGAUUAAUGUGUAAACUGUGUGCCAUUUCGAUGCAGCUUCUACUGAUGUGGAUUUGUUAAAAAGCCCAGAGAGCAGAUCGUACACAACAAUGGAGUUCAUAUCUGGAUUUGGUUUCUACAGCAAUGCUUUCUCUUUGUUAAAAUAGGAUUUUUAUAUAUAUUUUAAUCAAACCAAGAACAUUUUAGAUUUGGGGUUUUUGUACGUCUUAUUUCAAGGCCACAUCAAUUAGUAAAAAAACAUUAAAAUAUCUUUGUCUUUUGAAAUGAAUUUCACACUCUUGUACAGUCACUUUGCAAAACAUUUUAAAAGGAAUAAAAUAAAUGAUGAUUUUUAA